CUCCUAACCAGGCUGAAGAAGGACCCAGCUCAGUCCAGCACACUGACGAAUCAGAUGGCAGUGAACUUCCACCUGAGGGCGAGAGAAUGUUCAGCUGCAGCUACGGCUUUGUUGCCAGGAACAGCAGUGAACUCUCCGUGCUGCAGGGAGAAACUCUGGAGGUGAUUGAGUCGUCAAAUCGUUGGUGGAAGUGCCGCAAUAACUUUGACCAGAUUGGGUUUGUUCCCUUCAACAUUCUGGAGCCUCUGUCUGCCCUCAACAACAACCAUAGGGAUAGCCCAGUGGCACUCAGACAGUCCAAGAAGGUGCCCUUCGCCCCUGCAAGGCACUUCUCCUACACCCCCUCCAGCCGAGAAGGGGCCAACCUCCCCGCCGUGCCCCGGCGUCCUCACAGCAUGUCCCCCUCCACCAUAACAGGGGGCGACAGAGACAAAGGCUUUAUGGUGAACGAUGAGCUCCUCCAGCGGCUGGCCAACGGCAGGGCGGGCUCCAUCCGUCCCCUAGUGAUACCCCGCACCACAGACACCUCGGCCCCCCUGGACUACCACUCCCCUCCUGCGGAGGUAGAGGGCUGGCUGAGAGGGAAGGGCUUCACUGAGCCGACAGUAACACUGCUGGGGAGACUCACUGGUGCUGAGCUCUUCGCCCUGAGUAAAGAGGACCUGCGUAUGUUUUCACCAGAGGAGGGUGCCAGAGUGUACAGCCAGAUGAUGGUGCAGAAGGCUUUACUGGAGGAUGUCCGCAAAUCUACAGAGCUGGAGACAAUGAUGGAGAAACAGAAACAAAAAGCAGACUUCCAGCUGGAGAGCAGGAGGCUGUGACCAAGAACAAGCUAUACACAUGUAUAUCACUGAAACACAGAUAUCACUGGUUGAUGGAUGCCAACACAAUAACAUUACUGUCACUGUUUAAGAGGACACACAAACUCACUAACAUUGUCUGUAUGGAGACUCUGAUACAGAGAUUUCACUUUUAAAGGGUAGUUCACCCAAACUAUAAAAUUACUUGGUUUUCUUAAGGCGUCCGCAUGCUUCCCAGCCAAAACAGUUCGGAAGAGUUUGUGCUUAUAUUAUGAUGACAUUUUGUGACGUUGUUUGUUUUGGACAUUGGUGAAGGUUUUUUAGGCUGUUCAGGCACAACAUUUUUCUGGAUGCAAGCAGAAGUUUUGAGCCGAAGUCUACGCCCCUUCGUCCAUGAUUGGUCAACAGUAGGGAUUUUUCAAUAAAGUCUUUGUUGUCAUUCAAUGAGAGAUGACUCAUUUUCA